UCCUCCUCUCUAAAGGGCAUCCAGCCCGUAGUCAGGCAGCCCUCCACCGCCUCAGACUGAGCUCCAGCCCCCUCUGUCUCACCGUAUCCUCUGUCAGCAGCACCAUGUUCGCCGUCAGGAACGCUCUCCGCCUCGGCUCCAGGCUAACCGUCUCCGCAGUGCCGAGGAGAGGAUGCGCCGGAGCUGCCAUCCCGGUGGACGACGUGGUGAACGGGCUCACCGAGGACCAGGCGCAGCUGAGACAGACCGUCCGCAAAUUCCUGGCAGAAAAGCUCGCGCCCUACGCCGACGAGAUCGACAAGACCAACGAUUUUCCACAGAUGCGGAAAUUCUGGAAAGAAAUGGGAGAGAUGGGACUCCUCGGCAUGACAGCUCCAGUGGAACACGGGGGCACGGGGUUGGGCUACCUCGAUCAUGUCAUUGUGAUGGAGGAAAUGUCCCGAGUGUCCGGAGCCAUCGCUCUCAGUUACGGCGCUCACUCGAACCUUUGCGUCAACCAGCUGGUGCGCCACGCCAACGAGGCGCAGAUGGAGAAGUACAUGCCGAAGCUGUUGACGGGAGAGCACGUCGGCGCCCUGGCCAUGAGCGAGCCCAACGCCGGCUCUGAUGUUGUGUCCAUGAAACUCCAAGCCAAGAAGACAGGGGACUACUAUGUUCUGAAUGGCAACAAGUUCUGGAUCACAAACGGGCCAGAUGCUGACGUCCUCAUCGUUUAUGCCAAGACAAAUCCCGAGGCGCAUCAAAAGGGCAUCACAGCUUUCAUCGUUGAAAAGGGAAUGCCAGGAUUCUCUACCGCGCAGAAGCUCGACAAGCUCGGCAUGAGGGGAUCCAACACCUGCGAGCUCAUCUUUGAAGACUGCAAAAUCCCAGAGAAGAAUAUUCUGGGUCCUUUGAACAAAGGUGUUUAUGUGAUGAUGAGCGGGUUGGAUCUGGAGAGGCUGGUGCUGGCAGCCGGACCUGUUGGCAUCAUGCAGGCGGUUCUGGACUCUGCGAUUCCUUACCUGCACAUCAGAGAAGCUUUCGGACAGAGGAUCGGACACUUUCAGCUGAUGCAGGGCAAGAUGGCCGACAUGUACACCAGGCUGAGCUCCUGUCGGCAGUACCUGUACAGCGUUGCCCGGGCUUGUGACAAAGGACACUUCAGCGCGAUGGAUUGUGCGGGAGUCAUCCUGUACUGUGCUGAGAACGCCACACAGGUUGCUUUGGAUGGAAUUCAGUGUUUGGGUGGGAACGGCUACAUCAACGACUACCCGAUGGGGAGAUUCCUCCGGGAUGCGAAGCUGUAUGAAAUCGGCGCGGGCACAAGUGAGGUUCGCCGGCUCAUCAUCGGACGAGGCUUCAACGCCUUGUACAAGUAGAGACAACUGAGAAACGGCAACCGCUAGAGACUGACCGAGUGGUUUGCUAUGGAUGAACACAAUGACUCACACCCAGGACCUUACUGUAUGAGCUGCUGCUGCCACGAGGAUGAGGAGUUCACAGAAUUCAUUUAUAAUCACUCACAGAUAUUCAUGGAAUCACUCGGAGUUGACGUUAGAAGCUGAGCGGCAACAAGCAAAACAAAUUAAGUGUUGAUUUACUGUGUCGGGUGGCCUUGAUGAGAUUUAGUUUCCUUUCCUAUUAGGCGAGCUGUAGUUGCUUAAUAACCACUGAAAUGCCAGCAAUGCAAUAAAUUCUGAUUACUGUACGUUGUAAACGGGCAGGAUGUUCUGUUUGACACUCCUAGCAGAGCCACAGAUCAAAGCUCUCAGAGGAGCUCCAGUCAUUAUCACUACACUCAUGAUUUUAUGCUCAUUAUCACCUUUAAAUGUACAUUUUUCAUCCAUACAUGUGGGUUUUUUAUAUAUAUAUGUAACUGCAGUUGGAAUCUUCCUGAAGUCUGUUUCAUGAUUUUAAUGCAGAAGCAGCAGAUGUCUGUGAGUGUUGGCAUUAGAGUAAAUAUGUUGGAUUUCUGGGAGAGAAGGUCAUGUUUUAAACUGUAAAAAUCAGAAUCCUCCUCUGUCAGAUGUUUGUCUUCUCCUUUCACCUAAAGUUUGAAUAUCAGUGUGUAGAUGUACAGUAUGGAGAUGUAUGAAAUAUAAUAGUUUGCAAUAAAAAACAGAUAAAACUA